AUGUCGCUCAAGCCGCUCACUCCCCCGCUGCGCUUCUCAACGGUUGCAUUCGCAUGCACAGACGAGCCGCAGCCAUGGCAGACCAUCGUUUCAGCUGACAGUGCGGACCCUCGCUCGCAUCCGCACCAUCACGAAUCCGUCUACAGAGGAGCAUAUCCGAAGACGCGGAACCUCUACUUCCUCUCCCGCCUGCAUCUUCGAACCGUCCUCAGUCUCACGCCUAGACCGCUCGACAACGAUGAAGCUCUUCUGGCCUGGUCAACAUCGUCUACGGGUUCAACCACCUCCUCUUCGGUAAGCUUGGCCGACAAAGUAUCGAAUGCCGGGAUACAGCUGCUCCACGUGCGCUGCGAGAAGCCCAAGGACGAAAGUGGCGGUCUCACUCGCGAAGGUGCAGCUCGAGCGCUUUCGAUACUGCUCGACCGGCGCAACCACCCGAUAUACGUCCACUGUCUAGAUGGCGUCGAGGUCACAAGCACCCUCGUAGCCUGCAUGCGCAAAGUGCAAGCCUGGUCCAAUCCUGCCAUCCUCGCCGAGCUCGGGCGGGCUCUGCGCGACUCGAACUCGUCCGAAUGGGUAGAGGUCCCCUCGCACCUGUCGUCUUUCCUCAACAAGUUUGGUCAGCCAGAUGGCAUCCGACUGCCUCCGCGCAAUCACAUUCCAAGCUGGCUCUGGCCUUCGCCGAAUCCUUUAUCUGUGCUAGCAGAUCCGUAUGCGUGGGCAGGUCCUCCCAGUGCUAACGGUCACGAGCAAAACGGCGCCAGCUCGGGCGGAUCUUCGACAGCCCCUUCGCAUCCGACCCACCAUUCACGGCGGGACAGACAGCUACCCAUCCACCAUCCGACCCUCAAGCUUCACUUCGACGUCGAUCCGGAUCUUCCGCCCGAGCCUGCUGCUGCCCCACCACCCAUCUUGGCAGCCUCAACCGCCGCCUUGUCGGCACAACGCCCGUCAACGCCGUCCCGCUCACUACAACACUCGCGCACGUCUUCGUACAACAGCAUCGCCAAUGUGCGCUCGCCGCCGCACUCGCGUCCGGCCAGUCGCGCCGGUCGGCCGUCCCAACUUGCCUCCAGCAGAUCAGCGUCUCAGGCGUCGGAGGACGACAGGGCGGGUUCCAGCUCAGCGAGGCGGUCGGAGAGCACAGCAAGGGACUUCUCAUUACUAGGGCAAGGCGGAGAUAUGGCGACAAGCGCGGUCCCGUCGAUCGCAGCAUUCCUCGAGGACCAGCUGCAGGACCAUUCCAGCGCACCCUUCUUCCACCACGGCGUCCACGAGUCGCCGACACGCCGGUCGCGGUUGAUCAUCGAGACUCUUCCUUCCUCACUCCCUGAUCGUUCGAGUCCAACAAAAGCGCACGCUCCUCAUGCGCCAUCCGAUGCCGACGAGGAGAUCGACGUGAGCACGCCACGCGCGCGCCCCACCACCUCGAGCACCAUCGGCAUCACCGGCACCAUCUUUCAUCACGACGACGAGAUCACCGAUAGUGAGGAUGCCUCGCCCGCGCGCAACCUGGGGUCUUCGCGCAUCGUGGUGCCUCUAGAACAGCGAAGGCGGUUGCUGGACGAGGCGGAUGGUGAGGCGACGCCGACUAGGACGAGCGCGAUGCACAACGCCGUUCAGAGGAUAUCGCGGGACGAGAGGGAGUUGCAGGGACGUAGGCAGGAGAGCACGGUUAGCGUGGACAGCUUCGAGAGCUCCGAGGGCGCCGAUCGAGGGCAAGACAUGGUGCAGUCGCCCACGGCGUAUGCUGACGACGAAGAUUACGUCACGCAACGCCGGAAGGGUGGCUCGCAAAACGACUCAGAUCAGGACGCAGACGAAUCGCAAACAGAUGGAUCGCAAUCGGAAGAGGAGGCGGAGGAAGAGGAAGAGGAAGAGGAAGAGGAAGAAGACGAGGACGAGGAAGAGGAGGAAGAAGAGGAGGACGACGAGGACGAGGAUGAAGAUGACCUCGCACUGGAAGCUUUGGAUCUGGAAGGUUACUAA